GUCCGGCGUCCCGCUAGCUUAACUUGGCUAACCUGACGCUGCUGGUUCCUGCUCGGAAGAGACGAGAAGAGAGAAAUGGAGCCCCAGAAGAAGUUGAUAAACUCGGUGGACGGCUGCGUGGACGAGGCUCUGUGCGGCCUCGUCAGGGCCAGCGGCGGCCUGUCGCUGCUGAAGGGCCACAGAGUCGUGCUUCGGUCCGACCUGGAGCGUCUGAGGGGCAAAGUGGCCCUGCUGUCUGGAGGAGGGUCAGGACAUGAGCCGGCACACGGGGGUUACGUUGGUGCAGGGAUGCUGUCGGCAGCAGUCGCAGGGGGAGUGUUUGCAUCGCCACCACCCGCCAGCAUCCUGGCAGCCAUCAUGUCUGUGCAUAAUGCAGGAGCCUCCGGGGUCCUCCUCAUCGUGAAGAACUACACCGGCGACCGCCUCAACUUCGGGUUGGCGGCAGAGCAGGCCCGUAACCAGGGCGUCGCUGUCGACAUGGUGAUCGUUGCCGAGGACUGCGCCUUUGACCGGCCCAGUAAGGCCGGGAGGAGAGGCCUGUGUGGAACCGUCUUUAUACACAAGCUGGCAGGUGCGUUGGCAGAGGAAGGCUCCUCAUUGGACCACAUUGUUGCCAGGGUGACAGAGGUUUUAAAGGGGAUCGGUUCGCUCGGGGUGAGUCUGUCUCCGUGCAGCGUCCCCGGGUGCCUGCCUUCAUUCGACCUGCCCCCGGGAGACAUGGAGCUGGGUCUGGGUAUCCAUGGUGAACCUGGGAUCAAAAGGUCAAAGGUGACAUCGGCAGACGAGGUGGUAAAAACCAUGAUCGAUCACAUGACCAACCCUGACAGCCAAUCGCGUCUGCCGCUGAAAUCAGGAGACAGUGUGGUUGUGUGUGUGAACAACCUCGGAGCCUUGUCCUGUCUGGAGAUGGCCAUUGUUACUCGAGCUGCCAUCACCUGUCUGGAGAAUCGCGGCGUCGCGGUUGCCAGGGUGAUGUCCGGUUCAUUCAUGACGUCACUGGAGAUGGCGGGCGUGUCACUGACGCUGAUGCGAGCCGAUGAGGAAACACUGAGACUGUUUGACGCCGCAACUAGCGCCCCCGCCUGGCCAAAUCUCAGCAGUGUGCAUGUGAGCGGACGCAGCCACGUCGCAGCUCCUCCCACCAUGAGCACACGCCCGCAGGACGAUAUACACACUGAAGGCUCACUGAGUCCUGUGAUGCGCAAAACAUUAGAGUCAGUUUGUUCCACACUGUUGGAGAAGCAGGAGGAACUCAACUCCCUGGACCGAGCGGCUGGGGACGGAGAUUGUGGUAACACUCAUGCGCAGGCAGCCAGAGCCAUUCAGGAGUGGCUCCAGAGUCAUGUGGUCCCUGGUUGCCCUGGGAAACUCCUCUCAGUCCUCGCUGGGUUGGUGCAGGAGAAGAUGGGCGGGUCAUCAGGGGCGCUGUACAGCCUGUUCCUGACGGCAGCGGCUGGUCACGUGAGCGAGGGGCGGAGCGACGCUGCAUCCUGGGCUAGUGCAGUGCAUGCUGGGACACAGGCAAUGAGGAGAUAUGGUGGUGCUGAUCCUGGAGACAGAACAAUGCUGGAUGCUUUGUUUCCUGCUGUGGAUGAGCUGAUGAAGCUGACCACAGCGCCACCUGGUGGACAGAUGGUCGUACUGCAGGCUGCUGUGCAGAAAGCGGCCUCGGGGGCGGAGCACACCCGUAACCUCACAGCGAGGGCGGGGCGGGCCAGCUACAUCGCGGCCGAGCGGGUCACCCUGCCCGACCCUGGUGCUGUGGCCGUAGCCGCCAUCUUGCGAGCUGUGUUGGAGUCGCUGGAGGGCAAAUGAUUUCAAACAGAACAACACUGUCACGCCUCAAUAACUUAAACAAUGAACGCGACGUUAGACUCAGUGUGACGUUAACCUCUCUCUACGAGGGAAUUUUCACGCUAUGAUCACAGUUAAUGCAUAGAAACUGGAUCAGGAGGGUACGUGUAAAAUUAAAAAAUGACCUAAAUGCAGAUAAUCUAAUGUAAAGUGCAUGAAAGUUUAGUAAACGGUUACAAGAUAAUAAAAAGAAACUUAAAGAACAAAUAAAGGUAAAUUAAGAAUACGUCUCGCCUUCAUACAGAAAUGAAGCUAAUUUAUCUUUUGUACGUCUGCGGCCAUCUUGCUCUUUUGACGUGGUCGCAAGGUCCUGCCGAAACGAGCUCUCAACCAAUCACAAGCCAAUCUCGGCUGUCAAUCAUGUCGUCUCUCAGUUUUUAUGUCAUCAAAUACCUAAUGUCAGCUCUAUUUGAUGGAAAUUAGUUUAAAGAGGCCACAGCGGGUUUUUCCCCUUAGCGGUGGUGGGUGCAGCCUCCUCAUUCUCCAGCGCUGACAUCGAGCCGUUCACGAGGUGCAACCUGUUUUACUGAAGUGAUUUUUUUAUCUCGCUAACAUCGGAACAAGCUGUGAGCUGUGAAACAGCUUGUGAAACCGGUUUGAGUGGUGAAGCUAAACCAACUUUCUGAAUAUAACUUUUCAAAGUGAAACUGUGAAUGAAUCAAAAUCAGUCAACAGUUAUUAAUUCUGACUAAUAAACAAAUUACUUCUUACACAAAUGCGAGUUUCAUUCUACACGCGUGAUUUUUCUCAUCCCAGGGGUCAGAGGUCAGCGACUGACUCAAUCAAGGCAGCUGAGGUCUGCGUUUUUCCGUCUGUUCAUCAACAGCUUCUUUUUUCUUUUUUCUUCUUCCUCUCAACUGUCAUUUCUCAUAAGUACGACUUCCUGACAUGCAAAUCUCACACAGACACUCAGCACUGCUUAGCCAGACAUUGAACACACCCACACAUCCUCACAAAAACCUACAAGAAAUAGACGAGCUUCUGACACGACCGCACACAGAUCACAAAGAUGGAGUUCGCCUGCAGCCAUGUUGUGUGUAACUGGAGAUCUGAAGAAGCGGGUUUUCCUUUUAUGAAUC